AUGUCUUUCAAAGAGGACUGGACUUUCGUGACGUCCUUCUACGUCAUCGUCCAAAUUAUCACCACGGUCGGCUAUGGAGACAUUGCUCCCACUGAGAGUGGGGAGCUUUUCGUGACAUUCUACGUCUUGCUGGGCACAGUGCUCCUGGGAGGGCUUUUGGAUCGUGUGACGGAGUCUUUACUGGAAGCCUCGGAUCAGCGGCUGCAGGAGUCCUUGCAAGGACUUCGGACGAGCAUGGAUCCUGUGGGUGGCACCUGUGCUCCGGCGGACGGCAUAUUUACCUUUAGCAGGUCUGUGUACAGCCUGCUGCGUUGGAUACUGGUCUACCUCUUCUUCCUUGCCGCUUGGGUCGCGUAUUUUACGAUCUUCGAAGGAUGCUCCUGUUCCUACGGGGCAACUCGGAUUGAUGGCUGCGAAGAGGGGCAACGCUGCGCGGCCACUGGAGGCGUUCAACUCAGCGUCCUCAGCGCAUCUUACAUGGGUGUCAUCACCUUCUCCACCGUGGGCUUUGGCGAUUUCAGCCCCAAGUCAAGAAAGGGAAGGAUCUUCGGUUCGAUCUGGAUGAUCCUUGGCAUCAUGGCCUUCGGCAAGGUGGUCACUCAUGUGUCGACGAUAUUGCAUGAGUGGAGGAUGAACCACAAGAACAGAGUCCUGGUUUCUCGCAAAGUUUUCGAGAGGAUGGACAGAAAUAGAUCUGGCAAGGUGGCCCGAGGCGAGUUCGUGCUGUAUAUGCUGGUGAGGCAAGGGCGGGUCAAGCAGGAAACGAUCCAAGACAUCGAAGCCUUGUUUAAGGAACUGGACCAGGAUAAGAACGGCACCUUGACCUUCGACGAGAUCAACGGCCGUCUCCUGCCAUCGGAAGGCCGAAUGGUGCGAGAACGAAGUGGUAUCAGUUCGCAUGGUUCAAGAGCAUCUGACUCUGAGGAGCUUUGA